AGUCCUGAUGCUCUUUGAAAUGGUAAGAGUUGCCACAUCUGAUCUUGAGAUAAGCAAAAGGUAAUAAACAGAAUGAGUCACUGGAAGUGUCAAGCUGGGUAUCACCUUCACAGAAGGUAUUUCUGGGGCUAAUCUGGAAGUCAUCAAUCCCAAAGGAAAAGACAGAUGGAGCCGGGAGGUGAGUCAAAGCUUGGGAAGCGAGGUACUGCGGGUCUUCUUGCAGAGGGGGCAGCUCCAGAGCGGAGUACCAACUGCGGCGGUCGGCAUCAUGGCAGGGCAGGCGUUUAGAAAGUUUCUUCCCCUCUUUGACCAAGUUUUAGUUGAAAGGGGCGCAGCUGAAACUGUAACCAAAGGAGGUAUUACGCUUCCAGAAAAAUCUCAAGGAAAAGUGUUGCAAGCAACAGUAGUAGCUGUUGGAUCGGGCUCUAAAGGAAAGGGUGGAGAGAUUCAACCAGUUAGUGUGAAAGUUGGAGAUAAAGUUCUUCUCCCAGGAUAUGGAGGCACCAAAGUAGUUCUAGAUGACAAGGAUUAUUUCUUAUUUAGAGAUGGUGACAUUCUCGGAAAGUAUGUGGACUGAAAUCAUUAUUAAAAUGGCAUGAAGUGGAGCUGCCCAUUCCAGUGAAGUUGUGAAAUCUUUCAUCAUGUAAAUAAUUUUCAUGUCUCUCUUUUAUAAUAAACUAUUGGUAUCCAAACUAAAAAAAAAAAAAAAAAAAAAGCUUAGGAAGCGAGCGAGCGAGCGGGGGCGGCACUCUGACGUAGGCGCAGGGUUGGGAAGGGAACGGUGGAAAUCAUCUGUAGGGCAGCAGGGCGGCUCUCAGCAAGGCCAGGGGCAAGCGGCCUCUCCUCCAUGCCUCUCUCCCUAACCCAAACCCCCCUCCCCGCCGCAUGCCGUCCUGCCACUUCAUCCCAAAGCAACAUUGGCAGUGCCUUCUCUAUAGCUGUUCCCCUUGGCAAAGCUCCAGGUUCCAGAACCUUUCCCUCUUCACCCUCCC